ACAACUUCCGGAAGGAGGCGGAAGAGCCUCUAGGCUCCGGGCUCGGGCGUCCCGGGACCGCGGAGGGGCCACCCGGGGUUCGGGAAGGGACCGCCGGGGCCGGCCGGCCGCGCUAGGGGUGUCGGGGCCGCGGGUCUGAGGGAUGAGGAGGGGCCAUGGCCAGCGACGGGGCCAGGAAGCAGUUCUGGAAGCGCAGCAGCAGCAAAGUCCCGGGCAGCAGCAGGGAGCAAGCGACGGAAAGAACAAGCACCACCCGCCCGGAAAGGAAGCGCACGCAGUGGCCUGGGUGCCCCCUGGGAGCUGUCGGGCUCCGAAGUCCUGAUCCGCCCGUCGCUGAGCGCUGGCCGGGCCGCAGCGUGAAGACAGCGCGUGGACAGUGCCUGCGAGGAGCCAGCGGCUGGCGAUCGGACUGGAGGAAGCAGCCGCCAGGAUUCCCAGACGCGGUCACUCUGUUUGGAAACCAGCGUCCGAGUACUGGACGUUAGGAACCGUGGUGUCCGAGUUCCUCCCCCGACCGUUUCUAAGCCCGGCUUAUUCUUAGACCUCGCACAGGGCCCGCACUGGGCGGGUGGCAGAGCUGUGAACUUGGAACUCCUGUGUUCAGCCAGAAACGUCCCGUUGUCAGAGAUUUGGGAGUUGGUAGCAGUGAGUUACCGCCUGCUCAGACACAUGACUUCAGAGGGGAUGGGCAGAGGCGGCCAGAGGUCCCGCUUCACGCCCGGGGUUGUGCGUGAUGGAGGAAGAAAAGAGCUUUCUUCAAAACCAACGUCAGGAUCAAGCAUCCAGCAUGUGUACGGUGCGCAGCACCCCCCCUUCGACCCGCUGCUACACGGCACCUUGCUCAAGGCCGCGCCCAAGGCGCCCAGCACGCCCGUGAAGGCCAAGAGAGUCAGCACCUUCCAGGAGUUUGAGAGCAACACCAGCGACGCCUGGGACGCCGGCGAGGACGACGACGGGCUCCUGGCCAUGGCGGCCGAGAGCCUGAACACCGACGUGGUCAUGGAGACGGCCAACCGCGUCCUGCGCAACCACAGCGAGCGGCAGGAGCGCCACAAGCGGCGGGAGGCGCUGGGCCCCGAGCAGAAGCCAAAGCCUUCGGCAGAGCCGCCUCCAGUCCCGAGCGGUGACCUCCGGCUGGUGAAGUCCGUCAGCGAGAGCCACACGUCCUGUCCCGGAGAAAGUGCCAGCGACACUGUCCCUCUGCAGCGCUCCCAGUCUCUUCCACAUUCGGUGACGGUUGCCCUGGGUGGCACGUCUGACCCCAGUGCCGUCAGCAGCUCAGUGUUAAGUGAACGAGAGGCCUCGCGGCUCGACAAGUUCAAGCAGCUCCUUGCCGGCCCCAACACAGACCUCGAGGAAUUGCGGAAGUUGAGCUGGUCCGGAAUCCCGAAGCCGGUUCGUCCGAUUACCUGGAAGCUGCUCUCAGGUUACCUUCCUGCCAAUGUGGACCGAAGACCAGCCACUCUCCAGAGAAAACAGAAAGAAUAUUUUGCUUUUAUUGAGCACUAUUACGACUCUCGGAACGAUGACGUUCACCAGGACACCUACAGGCAGAUCCACAUCGACAUCCCUCGCAUGAGUCCGGAAGCACUGAUUCUUCAACCCAAAGUGACGGAGAUUUUUGAAAGGAUAUUGUUUAUAUGGGCGAUACGUCACCCUGCCAGUGGAUAUGUUCAGGGGAUUAAUGACCUUGUCACUCCUUUCUUUGUAGUCUUCAUGUGCGAACACAUAGAGGAGGAGGAGGUGGACGCCGCCGACGUCUCCCGCGUGCCCGCGGACGUGCUGCGCAACGUCGAGGCCGACACAUACUGGUGCAUGAGCAAGCUGCUGGACGGUAUUCAGGACAACUACACGUUUGCCCAGCCUGGGAUUCAGAUGAAGGUGAAAAUGUUGGAAGAGCUCGUGAGCCGGAUUGAUGAGCCUGUGCACCGGCACCUGGAGCAGCAUGAGGUGAGGUACCUGCAGUUCGCCUUCCGCUGGAUGAACAACCUGCUGAUGCGGGAAGUGCCGCUGCGCUGCACCGUCCGCCUGUGGGACACCUACCAGUCUGAACCCGAUGGCUUCUCUCGUUUCCACCUGUAUGUCUGCGCUGCUUUCCUGGUGAGAUGGAGGAAGGAAGUUCUGGAGGAGAGGGACUUCCAGGAGCUGCUGCUCUUCCUUCAGAACCUGCCCACAGCGCACUGGGGCGACGAAGACGUCAGCCUGCUGCUGGCCGAGGCCUACCGCCUGAAGUUUGCCUUUGCGGACGCCCCCAAUCACUACAAGAAGUGAGCCGGGGCCGGCGCAGCGGGCCACACCCCGCCGGGGGCCGUGGGUCGGGGGCCGAGGACAGGUCUUGCUGGGCAGCCCCGCUCUCCAGGGAGCAGGCUGGGACUGGGCGUCAGAUGAGGGCCAGGGCCUGGCCGGGGUGGGGGGCUGCUGCCUCUGUUUCCUGAGAUACCAAAGAGAGCCGGGAGGGUGUUGGCCCUCCAGGGGCCCUGCCCUGGAGCGUCCUUGCCAAAUGCCCGCCUCCUGGAGCCACCAGGGCACAGCAGCCCGAGAGCCAGACCCUCUGGAGAGGCCUGCUGUCCGGUGCCGGGGCGGAAGGAGGUGGCCGUCAUCUCAUACCUGCUUUGAAAUGCAAAAAUCCUAUUCUGUUGAGUGAAAGAAAAUAAAACACAGACAAGAACAUAGAAGUGAA